ACGAACCAUGUCGGAGGGCAUCGUGAGGAAAGUCCAGCCGUUCACCAUCGGGACCAAACUCUCGGCGCCGGCCGUGCCAAAGUGCUCAGACUUUCCCGAUGGUUUUCUUCCAAUCGGACGUUCUCCGAUAACUGCAAACUGAGGCACCUGAACGAACAGGUGUCUCUUUAUCUCGGCCGUGACAGACACUGCGGACCUGCGGCGAAGCAUCGGCGCGAAGAAACGUCCGACGACCACCUGAACCGAAACACAGUCUCCCCCUCGAACACUGCGUCCAGAUCCAUCCGUAAGAUCACCAUCUCCAGCCGAAUGGAGGCUGCGAAAGACAGACUGACUCCAGGGAUGGAGCUGAAGAAAAUAAGAGCAAACUCUGAGAAUAUUAAUAACAAUAACAACAUCCCAUCCUCCAACACACAGCUGCCUAAAAUAGUGGGUGUCAGCUGUGAGAAUAAACCCAGCUCACAGUUCAAGGUGUUGCUGUGUAAAGAUGGUGAAAAGCAGUGCAGUGGUGACAAAGAGAAAUUAACUUCUUCUCCACAGACCCAGAUACUCAAAACCCAAGCAAGAAAGGAUGUGGUGGACAGUCUGUCCUGCGAGCACAAGGACGUGUGCUUGGUUUCAAAAGUCUCACCGGUGCAAAAUGAGCUCAGUUUUACCCAUCAAAACGCCAUCUUCAAUAAGGAGAUCACUCAGGCUGAGACGUGGAUCAGAGUGAAGCUGCGAGACCUGAGGGACGCCAGUAACGUCCAUAGAAGUCCUCUGACCGACUGGGAGGAACUUUCUCAAACCCUCCAGAGAGAUUUGAAGGACUUCGAGAACACCGUCAUUCAACUCCACCAGAUGGGAGAGCAAUUAAUGUGCAAGCUUAACCCGACGUCUGACCUGGUGAAGAAACAGCUGGCUCAGAUCCGCGACCAAUGGAACACGCUCAAACAGACGGCAGCCAAUCAAAUCAAGGCGAUGGGCGGGGCUAAGACUCUCCAGGAGUUUAAUAAGAAGGUGGACCGCCUGGAGGCGUGGAUCAAAGAGAAGCAGGAGCAGGAACAAUCGCUGGCCAGCAUCCUUGGGGAAAACGCUGACAAGAUGCAGCUUACCAGGAAGAUACUGGAUUUGAAGCAGGAUGAGCAGCUAUAUCAUAAUCUUCAUGAGGAGAUCAAUCAUAUGGCCCUCCGACUGGAAAAACAGGGGAAGGCUGAAGGAAAGACCAUCUCAACCCGCAGGAAACACAUCAACAAAAUGUGGCUGAAGGCUCAAUCGCACUUGAAGGAAUAUCACGAGAAUCUUCAGCUCGCCCUCGAAGUCUCGUCCUUCUACCAGCAGGCCGAUAACAUUGUCUGUUCCAUCAGCAACAUGAAAAAAACCCUCUCAGCGAGCAACGGAGUGGAAAACGCCAGAGACGGGGAAAUUCGGGACAUUGCCAGUCAAAUCAUGAUGCUGGAUGUGAGCGUUUCCCAGCUCUCCAACCUGCACCCGGCGCUGGCGACCCGCGUCACACAGAAGCAGAGCGAGGUGAAAGACUGCUGGGCCAUUCUCCAGAAGACUCUCAGGAAUGAAAAGGCAGCUCCGCUCCCCUCCGACCCCUCGUUAACCAGGGACAGCAGUGACCCUGUAACCCCGAGCCAAGAGCCACCCGGCAGCGUGGGAACAGACCCACACAGGAUUAUGGGAAAGGAGGUUAAAGAGGAACAAAAUCGUCUGAAGGGGUUUACGGCCGGGAGAGACACGGAGCGCUACGGGAAGCCCUCAGACAGCCGGGAUGCAGGAGAGAUGGCAGCCCUCAAACUCCACACGGCCUCUGAAAGCGGGAACGCGCCGAGGCCCGAGUCCAGCGGCCACACACCGCUCCACACACAACUCCAGAAGUUCACCGUUUCUGCAGACAAGACUCUCUCCUGGCUCAAAGACAGCGUUGCGAUGGCCACUCAGAUCUGCAGUUUGGCCGGACCGAACGGUUUUGAAGCAGCCAAGAGGCGUCAGGCCUCACUGGAACAGGAUAUCCUGUCCAACAGAGCCAGGAUAGAGCUGGUCAAGAAGGAGGGUUACAGUCUGGUGAGGGCUCAGCAUCCGGGCAGCAUCAAGAUCCAGGAGUUUCUGAGUCAGCUGGAGGUUCUGUGGGACGAGCUGAAGAGAAGGCAUGAGAGGAACGGUCUGGUCCUGAAGGUCUCAGAGGAGCUCAACUGCAGGGUACAUAUAUCUGGUGUUUCCCUGAAUGUUUGGAAGGGCAUGCCUUCUGUUGUUUAAAGAAAAUAGUAUGCAGUAUGUAUACUGAGCAAAAUAUGCCAUUUAUUAUGCCAAGAAAUGCCCACACAACUGCAUUUGCCAAACUGUACAGUAUACAACUAGAGUACACUGUGGAGUACUGUAUCCCAUAAUGCAGUGCGUGCAACACU